AUGGCGGCCUUUGCCCGCCUGCUGGAGAGACUCGGAUGGGCCGUUCGAGCUCAGCAGGUGGUGGAGCAAGAGGUGGAGGAGGAGUGCAGCGUGCCUGGCGCCUCUGGGAGUCUCCUGGCUGCUCCCCGGUGUUGGCAGAGGCUACAUGGGGGUGCGGCGGCCGUAUCCGGCCUGCGCUUCGGGGCGAGCGCCGUUCAGGGCUGGCGCGCACGAAUGGAGGACGCGCACUGCGCUCGGCUGGCUUUGCCAGGGCUGCCAUCAGGAUGGGCUUUUUUCGCCGUCCUGGAUGGCCAUGGAGGAGCGCGGGCCGCGCGCUUCGGAGCUCGCCACCUCCCAGGUCACGUGCUGGGGGAAUUAGGUCCUGAGCCUCGGGAGCCGGACGGCGUGCGCCAAGCUCUUCGUAGCGCCUUCCUCCAAGCAGAUGCGCAGCUGAGCGCGCUCUGGCCCCGCGGUGACCCCGGUGGCUCAACGGCUGUGGCUCUGCUCGUGUCCCCGCGAUUCCUCUACCUGGCACACUGCGGGGACUCGCGCGCGCUGCUGAGUCGCUCGGGCUCGGUGGCCUUCUGCACCGAGGACCACCGUCCCCACCGGCCUCGGGAACGCGAGCGCAUCCACGACGCCGGUGGCACUGUUCGUCGCCGGCGCGUAGAGGGCUCCCUGGCCGUGUCGCGAGCCCUAGGUGACUUCGCCUACAAGCAGGCACCCGGGAGGCCUCCUGAGCUGCAGCUCGUGUCCGCUGAGCCCGAGGUGGCUGCGCUGGCACGCCAGGAUGAGGACGAGUUCGUUCUCCUGGCUUCUGAUGGCGUGUGGGACGCUCUGUCUGGUGCUGAUCUGGCAAGGCUAGUGACGUCGCGCCUGCGUCUGGGCCUGGACCUGGAGCUACUCUGUGCGCAGCUGUUGGACACGUGUCUGUGCAAGGGAAGUCUGGAUAACAUGACCUGCAUGGUGGUCUGCUUCCCUGGGGCGCCUAGGCCUUGCGAGGAGGCAAUUAGCAAGGAGAUGGCUUUAGACGAAGCCCUGAGACACAAAGUUGCUGAGCUGUAUGCCUCUGCUCAGAAACCUCCAUGCCUAAACGCGGUUUUCAGGACCCUGGCCUCAGAGGACAUCCCGGGCUUGCCUCCUGGAGGAGGGCUACACAGCAAGGCCACUGUCAUUGCUGAAGCUUACUCUAAGCUGCAUCAGACCCCAGGGGAAUAUCAAGAGGUAAGGAACCUACCCUACACCUUUGCCCACCUGCCUCACCCCUGCAAUUCCAGCGCUCCGGAGCGAGGAACUUAG